UGUUAUGCCAAAAAAACGUCACAAGAAGAGAAGAGAAGAGAAGAGAAGCGAGAGCCGAGUAAAUAGAAACAGAUAAAAGAAAUAUUUUAAACAAACAAGUUUUUGAGGGAGUUGAAUUCAAUAUUUUCUUCAGAGCUCCAAGAGAGUGAUUGAACAUUAUGACUUCUGUUUGCCCUUUUGCCAAAGCACCACGGUCUGAUGAUAUUUGUCCAAGGAAGUCAGGUGAAACGAAUAACCAGAAUGAGACAGAACAUAGGGAAAAAGUUAAAAAUGAGUCUGAUGACUCUGCCAGUGUAUCUCCGAAGUGCCCAUUUGGUUAUGAUUCCCAAACAUUUAAGCUGGGUCCUUUCAGCUGUGUAAUUUGCCAAGCCCUUCUAUUUGAUAGCAGCAAGUGUGUGCCUUGUUCUCAUAAAUACUGCAAAGUAUGUAUAUCGCGGUUUAAUGAUUGCCCAUUGUGCGGAGCUGACAUUGAGAGAAUUGAGCCUGACAAGGAUCUUCAAGAUGUUGUUGAUCGCUUUAUUGAGGGUCAUGCGAGAAUUAAAAGGCCUCAAGUUAAUGGCGAUCUUAAGGAAGUGGUGGGUGAUAACAAAACAGUGACAUAUGCGGAUGUGUCUUUGGAGAGGGGUGCUUUCUUAGUGCAACAAGCUAUGAGGGCUUUUCGUUCCCAGAAUAUACCAAGCGCAAAGUCAAGACUUCGUCUAUGUGCAGAGGACAUUAGGGAGCAGCUAGAAAGACUUGGAAAUACCUCAGAGUUGUGUUCACAACUUGGAGCAGUCCUCGGAAUGCUUGGUGACUGCUGUCGUGCGAUGGGAGAUGCUGGUUCUGCAAUUACUUACUUUGAGGAGAGUGCUGAAUUCCUUUCAAAAUUUCCGACAGAAGAUAUGGAGGUGACCCACACUCUAUCAGUCUCUCUCAAUAAAAUUGGAGAUCUUAAGUACUAUGAAGGGGACCUGCAAGCUGCAAGAUCUUGCUAUUCCCGAUCUCUGGAUGUACGGCGAAAUGCUAUCAAGGAUCGUUCAAAUGUCUCAUCCCAGAUAAUAGAUGUGGCUGUGUCUCUUGCCAAAGUUGCUGAUGUGGACAGGAAUCUUGGGCACGAGGAUGUAGCUGUUGAUGGAUUCCAAGAAGCUGUUAAAUGCUUGGAGUCCUUGACACUGAAUUCAGACGAAUCUGGUCUCGAGCAAAAGCGGGUUUCAGUUCUGGAGUACCUCCGCAGCCAACUUACACCAGAGCAGACAGCGACAACUGUUUGAUGGUCUCAGCUUCAAGUGAAACAAGUUCACUACCACCCUUUCCUUCAGUCUCUUAUGGAGCAUAUAAUAAUAUUAUCCAUAAAGAAUGUACCAUAUAAGCUUCUGAUAAAUGUUGUGCUAGCCCCGAGUACAGGAGAAGUCAUCGGUGUAAUGUACUUGGAAUAUGUUUUACAGUUUCUUACCACUGUUUUACCAAAUGAUAGAAAGUAGGUGCGGUACCAUAGUUAUUUGUCCCUACUCAGCAGUCGCAUUCUUUAGGUCUGUCCGAGUCAAAUGAAAAACACAUCUCAUUGCGGAGCUGGAAACCUAAACACAGUAAUAUAUAUCAUCAGCAAUGAUACAGUGUUGAUCUAAUUUUUUGUUUGUA